CUUACAUCCUAUUAAGCCAUGUUUCUAGUUUUUAUUUUUUUGCUUUUCAUUAUCUGGCCUAAUCUGCUCCUCGAGGCAGCUGCUUCUCAAGGUUAGUGUGCAGAGUCCCUUGAAAAAGGUAUCUUUAAGGCAAGCUUGUAAGAUAGUAAUUGGGAAUAACCUGCUUCCAUAAAUUUGAAAGAGCCAACUUUAUCUUACUUAACUUUGCUCAUUAUUCUUGUGUAAAGCUAAUUAAUAUACUUUUAGACUCUUUCACAAAUUAUAAGUACUCGGAAAUUUUUAAUUUUGAAUAGGACAUAUUGCCUAAUUUUCAUGCUGUAUUUUGAGUUAAACCCUAUGCAAAGAGAACUUCUGUCUUUAAGCAUAAAGAGUUUCACUCUGUCAUGGUGACAUUUGUGAAUUAUUCACGAAUUUGAACAUUAGCCUGUUUUAAAUUAUUUCGCAACUCAGUUUAAACUAUCUAAAAUAUAGCUGCGGGUCUUUUUUUUCCCUACACGUUUAUCUACAUUUCCAAUCGGUAUGAUUGGAAAAUUGAAAUCUUACAGUUACUUUAUUUUCUCUACACGCGAAGGAGUAAUUCGAAGACCCCAAUCUCAAUCAUCAAUUAUACCAUCAACAAACAAGCACUCAGACUUAAAAUCAAUAUUUUGGGAGCACCUGCAUUGUAUAUUGUAUACUUUGCUAAAAUAAUCAUCAUUACGUAUGCAUUCCCUGUGAUGUCUCACAUUUAAAUGAUGCUGAAAAUCACGUAACAAGCGUCCAGGAUGAUUAAAACUAGUCUCCCUGUCUUCAUUCUUAAAAUGGCGCAUCUUAAAGAUGAUUUGUCGGCCCGUUAAAAAAUGAUAAUGCAAUUACUAUAUUAAACGUGACAAAGAUCCAAAUAAUUCUAAUUUACUGAAAAGCUAGUUUGUUGACAAUUUAUCAAAACAUGUUAAAACAUUAAUAUUAUAAUUUGCAUGGCCACAAAAAAUAAAGUAAAAGAGCCAGCUUUUGAAUCCAUAACGACGAAAUCCCCUACAUAUAUUUCAUAGAUGGGGAAGUGGAAGCUUGUCAACUGUCCGUAAAAUCCCUCUCAUGUAAUUGAUUUUCCGAGAAAGUAAGCACACAAUCCACAAAUUAGCGAGUUAUACUGAAUUGUAUCCCUUCUUUAUAUAAACAGUAGUCACAUCCACUCACGGACCAUUCAUUUAUCCAAUCAUAAAUUAUUCACAAGCCCAAAGUGAAAUAAAAAAGAGCCGUUUAUCUAUGUUUUCUAUGAAAACUUUGUUAUGGCAGAAGCUGCACAAAAAGUCAUCGUAAUACCAGUUUUCUUAAGGUAAAGACUUUUUUCGUAGAACUUUUUUUUCAACGCACCAAAUUUGCUUAUGUAGAGUUUGCUUGAUAUAUACUACGUUUUGUCUCAACCAGGUGGCCAUAAUAUUUACCGUCCCCCGCAAAGUGUUCGACAGCAUGUGUUUGUGAGAGAAGAAUUCCGUUAUUUGAACGUUCCCAGAAUUGGUUCCUACACAGUUGAUAAUAGCAUUGACUGUGUAUUUAAGUGCCUCAGUCAUACGUCAUGUUUUUCUGUGAACCUGGCCGCGUCUAGAGGAAUGGACGGAAAGUUUUGGUGCGAGCUGCUCCCUUCUGACAAAUACAGAAACUCCACUGAACUCCUUGGAAACAAGAGCUCCCAUCAUUUCGUCAUUAAGGUUACAGAUAUUCUUUAGAGAUUGUAAAUGUGUACUGUUAAGUACUUAAGAGGCCCAAAACUUCGCUGUAAGGCCUGAGCCAACAAGGGAGGGAGGGGAGGGGGGUUAUCUUUAUCUAUCGCAUGACAGGACUGUAUAUCCUUUGUUUAGCAGUAGGCUCUAUUAUGAGUGAAAUUUUAUUUCAAACAGACCCAUAUGUUAUCAUUGCUCAACUAUUAAAUGGUUUUUCUUCUCCUCAGUCUCCCUGUUCUUCCUCGCCAUGCAAAAAUGAAGGGACCUGUGUACCAAGUUACAAAAAUGGCAUCUUUGAAUGCCUCUGCAAGAAAGGCUUCAUUGGAGAAUUCUGCGAGAAAGGUUAGACGUUACUUGCAAUUGCCAGGUUGGAUUAGCAUUUAUUUGCAUAAAAUUUGACUCUCUAUCCAGGGAUUGCCUUGCCCCAAGAGCAGUUUGCUUUUAGUAUAUUAACGACAACAUAGCCAACUGAGUGAUCAUUGCGUCGGUCCUACAAUUGACCUCUUUCCCAACUGAAAUUUAUCAAAGGCUUCCUCUGACGAACUCGUUUGAUGCAGCACUGAACAUCCCCUGUAAGGAAUGGAUAUUCACCAUCACUUCAGUUAAUAAUUGUUAAUUACUUCAACGGUGUCAGGCGAAUAAGAGUUGAAGAUUUAAAGAAAACUCCUACAUUUGCUGCAUACCGGAGACAUCAUUUGUAACACGCAAUUCUUUAAUUCAUACUUAGGCUUCAAGUCCUGUAAAGAUGCGUACAAUUCAUACAAGUAGGUUUGAAACUUGUUUCAUAUGAAUGAAGAGGGAAAAACUCGAUAUUUAAUUCAAUCUUUAACUUUAGAUUGGGAUGCAUUCGGUGAUAAAGUUAAAUUCUUUCUUUAGACACUAAAAGGGCAAAUUAAGAAUUUAAAAAAAGGGUUAUCUGUUGAGUUAACGUCAGAAAUCAUCUUCUCCUUUCAGUUUCCAGGUUAAUUUCAUUCAAUGAAAUAUUCAGGGCUUAUUCUUGUCAUUUUUCAUCUGUAAAACUUAACAUCAACUAAAGAAUUAUUGAAUCUAAUAAAUUUUGGAGAAAUAAAAAUCAAUGUAGUUGUUAAGACUGAUCUGGUUCCCCGAACAGGUCGAACGCCAGCGAGUUGGUUACCCUACACUUUGGCGCGAAAACAACUUCCGUUCUCUGUCAAAUGGGAGAUUUUGGAUGUGGAGAUGGUGGAUGGACACCAGUUAUGAAGAUUGAUGGCAACAAGGUAGGUUGUUACCUUUUGUUGUGAAAUGUUCCUUCAAAGGGUCUGCAUAAAAAUACAUCAUUCACUAAUUUGUUGUACAGAAUUCAUGUAUUUCUAACCACAAAUGUUUCACUUCAUUUAUCUCGAACAAGUCUGGGUCGAGCUUCGUGCCACAGCCAAAAUGUUUUGGUUUUCGCGACGAAGAAUUAUGGCGAAGUAUGUAACAUUGCGCAGAUGCGGCACAGGUCAGGUCAAAUAUCCUUCCACUCUUCCGUUUCCCGCUCAAAAUAAAGAAAGAGGCGGUUUCAAACGGGAAAUCGUGCGAGGCGCGUAAUUUUAAUAGAUUCUGAAUCACAAUGCACAAUUUUCUUGCUUACUUCUUUCGAUGCUUCUCUUUGCGUCGGAUUGAUUAUUUACUGUAAUACAAUUAUUUCGCAGAACACUUUUCUAUUCAGUUCGGGAUACUGGACUGACAAAAGCGAAUUCAACCCGUCUGGUGGAACGACUAGUUUCGAUUCACAAGAGACUAAGCUACCGACCUACUGGAACACACCCUUUUCCAAGGUCUGUCUCGGUAUGAAGGUUAACGGACAGUUGAGGUUCACCGUUAUCAACAGCCAGGCUUCCUCUCUUCACUCUUUGAUCGCUGAUGGCCAGUAUCGGUCCACUUCACUGGGUCGGAACAAGUGGAUAGCGCUCACUGAUUCAAAGGCUUCUCUUCAACCCAACUGCAACAAGGAAGGAUUCGAUACCCAGACCAUCCAUCGCAGAGCAAGAGUCGGAAUCCUUGGGAACAACGAAAACGACUGCCGUACAUGUGAUUCUGCAAUAGGGUUUGGUGUUGACAACAGAGCGUGCGGUGAUCUUUCUUCCAUUAGAGCCAUGUGCUACAUCUUGGUUCAGUGACGAUGUGCGUUUAAAUGAAUUUUAAAACAGCUCCAAUAUGAUGCUCGCGAAAGCUUUGUACAGCUUUUCUUAUGCCAUGUGUGUUUGUAAGAGAAAAAACGCAAAUAAACAAAGCAAAAUCGAAACGAAAGAAAACAAAAAGAGAUAUAUUUUUCCCAGCUGGGAAGUUUACCAUUCACCGUUGACUUUAUUCACUAGACCCAGUUUUUGGCUCGCGUCCAAACAUAUCGAUAACGUAGGCUAUCGGAAAUAGCUGUAGCUGGCGAAAAGUUUUAUACAUAGAAUGGGUUUAACUCUCUAAACCCUGAGAAUGACCAGCAUCUAAUUUCUCCUUACAGUAAUACUGCUGAAUCAUUCAUUAAGAUCAUAAGAAUAAAGGAAAUGAUCGCCAACCAAAGAAGCUUUGAUUGUUAAACAAAUUCUCCUCGUCAGUACUAAAGGAAAUGUAUAGAGAAGAGUAUAGAGACUAUGGAUACUGAUGUUAGGGUGUAAAGGAUUAAAUCCGUAUUCAGUGGAUGACGAUUUAUCCCGACCGGUACCCUGAAGGUAAAGGCUGCAUAACCAGAAUGCAUUAAAGCUGUGUAAUUCUAAGGUUCACGCGCCGAACAAUUUUAGGCGACAUCUUGAAGAAUAUUUCGCCAGUUACUGUCCCAUCUGUCUUCUACUCUUCGUUAAUUUUUUCGUUGAUAAAUGCAUUCUUUGCUAUUUACACUUCGAAAGCUGAAACAACAUUUUCAAGCAAGAAAAAACAUUUGCUUCAUCUUCCUCUGCGUGAAAUGCCCAUCGCUUUUUAAAAAUCGUGUGAUAUGGGCCUGUUUUUCGAGUUGAUACAUUUGCAUUUAGAUACAUUCAAACUGAAAUAGUAAUCUUUAAUCACUGGGUUCGUUUGUAAAAUUAUCAAAUCGCAGAGAUGUCAACCUCUAGCGAUCUCAAAUCUGGAGAUUUUUUUCGAACCAGCACCCCCCCUCCCCGACCGAGUUUGCCAGUACCAUUCCCCACCCCUUUCCCCCCAAGCAAUUUCGUGGGAAAAACGUGGAUCUAUCUAUCAGGGACUUCAAGUGGUUGAAUACUCAUCCAAUCAGACUCUCGCUUAUAUAGGGAUAACAAAGAAGAAACUCUCUUCUAUUUGUUUGCAACGAACAACAUGCAUCAUGCAAGAAAAUGAAGCCAGAAACCGUAAUACAAGCAUAUGAAGCCAGAUGAUUUCGGAAUUUUGAAACAUAUGGAGCAUAAAUCUUAGUUUUUUUCUGGGCAACUGAUCCAAACUUCCUUUUAUAUGGUGGUUUUUGGUACGCGAGAGGGGGAGAUUACCUCUGUAUCCGGGAGACUUCCGGAUAAUCCGGGAGAGUUGGCAUAUAUGGAAACGUAGUUAGCACCUGCCAUAGGAUAAUCUAGCUGGAUUGGUCAGUCAAUAAAAAUCAACGAGAUUAAGGAGAUGUUUUAACGACAACAGAGUCAGUUUGUUUUGAGGGAGAAACGGCGGUUUUAGAUAUUUUCGCCUAAAAAACCUCGAUGGUUGAUUCACGGGCCAUCGCCGCGAAUGUUUCUUCUUUUUAUUCUGUUUUAUUUAUCUGGUCUGAACUGAUCCUCAAGGCAGAAGGUUAGUGAAAAUGUAGACUACCAACGUGAGAAAUUUUGAAAAUGUUGACUUUUCUAGGCUUGGUUCUCGAAGCAUAGAUGAAUGACUUGGCUCAAAACUUCAGUGUUUCGACAAAAUUUGCCGCUACACUUCACAUACUUUUAAUUAACCUGGUUAUAGUUGACGAUCAGCUACAUUUUUCAAAUGAUCCCCGCCGCAACACAUAAGUUAACGAAUUUAAAAAAUUAACUAUGUAAAAAAAUGCUUUUUUAUUCAAUCAAUAAUUCAUUUUUCACCUUUCAUUAUUUAGAUCGAUAGACCUUCAACAGUGAGCGUUAGGUUUAGGUUUUAACAAAGCCAGCAGUGAUGAAGAUUACACGGUAGUUCAAUUUAAAAACUUCUUAUCUCCAUUCAUUGUUUUACCUUUUUUCCGUUUAAUUUAAGAGCAUUUUCUCAGGCUUUAACCGUAGAGAUACUCUUCUUUCAAACUUUGUUUGAAAUCAACGGUUCAUUUCUCAAAUUCUACAAAUGGGAUGCCUCUGAUUCGAUAUGGAAGAUUUUAUAACUUAAAAGAGGGUGAAAAUUUAGGCACUUUACCAAGAUAUAUGUGAAUUUAGCAUAAAUCUAGUUGCGUUCAAGUAUAUUUGCUGCAAUACGAUUAGCUACGCUUCUCGCUAUCUAUUCUGUAAUGAAUAUAUGUUAUUUGCCGGCUGGGAGGUCCGUAUGAUGAAAAACUGUGAUCGAGGUCUUUCAAGACCGAGGUCACAGUUUUUUAUCACACGGACCGACCCUUAGCCGGUAAAUAACAUAUAUAUUUUUUUAAACUUGACGAAAUUCUUUCCGAAAGAACCCGAAUGAUUUAGGGCUGUAAAUACGGCAAGAUCGUCCAUAAAGUAAACAAUUCUUGAGCGAGUAAAUGAUACUUAAAAUAGAGGUGAUGCAAAUUAGAGAGAGGUGCCUCACCGAAACAUUUUCAUUUGCCUAAGGAUAAAGGUGAUUUAAAAGGCUUCCAAACAAACUUUGAAACAUUAUUUUUACAAGUAUCACAAUGUUUCUUCAAAAACAUGUAUUGAUCUAACGGAAAGUAUUUUUCACUCUCAUGGACGAUUCAUUCAUGUACGAAGAUUUACCUCUGCUCAUUAAGUAAACAGCGAGGAAAGUAAUUGUGAGUAAAUUCAAAUUUUUUAUUUUGAAGUUGUGAGAGUUUGCCCGUUUGUUUGCUGCAAUGGCGUGUGUAAAUCUAGUCUUUCCUUCACAAAAACUAAAUUCGAAUGGCACACUCCAACGAGACACAGUGGGAUUUAAUGCGGCCUUUUCUCAAUAAAUUCCUUCAGUUUCUGUUGUGCAAUUUACGGUACAAAUGUCCAAAUUUAACGGACUCGGAAAGACUCACCGAGAGCUUAUAUUUGUUGUAGAACUGAAUUCAAAACUUCGCUCGCUCUUUCACUACGAACAAAUUGUUUGAGAAAAUUCAGAUAUUAAAUGAAUGAAAGUUCCAUCGUUCAGUUUAACUGAAACCAAUUACCUCACGUUUUAACUUUCUAGGUACUUUUUGUGAACGAUUAAAAUUAAUUGCAGACGGUUUUUAAGCCGCUUGUCAACCAACGUAAUGACACUAUUGCUUAUACAGCUGCAAAUUCAUUCUGAAACCAACAUUUUUCUAUCAACCAAAGUGAUUUGAGAGAGAGAAAAGAGAGGAUUCAUAAGUUAUUUAUCGGCUUGAGGUGGUGACCGACGUGUUUGCUUAGAAAUACUGCCCAGCCGGAAAAACCAGCUAUAUUUAUGAAAAAUGGCAACGAAAUUUUGGAUGUACUCGGCGAUUCACAAAAGCGUUACUGUGGCCCGUGGGCAGAGAUAGGAAAAUACUGACCGGGUAAAGAACCAAUCAGAUUGCAGGAUUCGUUACCGUGCCCUUAAAAAAAAAAAUAUUAAUUAAAGUAAGACGCCGAACAGUUUGUGGUUACAUAUAAAAUAAAAUACAAGCAUGGGCCUGUCUCGCUGUUAAGCUUUGAACAAGUCGUAGUUUUAUAUUAAGACAAUUUGAUUUGAUUUUUCAUUAACUCAAUACUUUUGUACCCUUGUGAACUUACAUCCUCUUAAGCCAUGCUUCUAGUUUUCUUCUGUUCGCUUUUAAUUAUCUGGCCUAUUCUGCUCCUCGAGGCAGCUGGUUCUCAAGGUUAGCAUGCGUGCGGAGUCCCUUAAAAAAGGUAUCUUCAAGGCAAGCUUGUAAGAUGGUUAUUGGGAAUAACCUGCUUCCAUAAAUUUGAAAGAGCCAACUUUAUCUUACUUAACUUUGCUCAUUAUUCUCGUGUGAAGCCAAUUGAUAUACUUUAAGACUCCUUCACAAAAUAUAAUCUACUCGGAACCAAUCAUUUCAAACAUUUCUCUACCUUUAAAGUUUCAUCAAAACUGUCUUGAUAGUCUUCCUUGCUGUCGAAGACGUCGACACGAAACGACCCCCGAAGAUCUUAAGCAUGCAUCCUCCGAAGAUUCAUGUUAUGUAAAAUUUGGAAGCGAACCUCAAACCUCUGACCUCAAUCGAGCCUCAGACGUUUUCAGAAUAGAGUGAAUGGCUUCUUUCUCGAUGCAGUUUUCGAGUAGGCAAGUUUUUAAUUUUGAAUAGGAGAUACUGCCUAAUUUUCAUGCUGUAGUUUGAGUUAAACCCGAUGCAUAGAGAACUUCUGUCUUUAGGCAUAGAGAGUUUCACUCUGUUAUAGUGACAUUUGAGAAUUAUUUUUCGAAUUUAAACAUUAGCCUGUUUUAAAUUAUUUCGCAACUCAGUUUAAACUAUCUAAAAUAUAGCUGCGGUUCUUUUUCUUCCCCUACACGUUUCCCUACAUUUUCAAUUGGUAUAAUUGGAAAAUUGAAAUCUUACAGUUACUUUAUUUUAUCUACACGCAAAGUAGUGAAAUUCGAAGAACCCAGUCUCAAUCAUCAAUUAUACCAUCACCAAACGAUCGAGCACUCAGAUUUAAAAUCAAUAUUUUGGGAGCACCUGCAUUGUAUAUUGUAUACUUUGCUGAAAUAAUCAUCAUCACGUAUGCAUUCCCUGUGAUGUUUCAUUCAAAUAAUUCUAAUUUAUAUGUUAAAAUAUCAAUAUUAUAAUUUGCAUGGCCACAAAUAAUAAAGUAAGAGGGCCAGCUUUUGAAUCCAUAACGACGAAAUCCUCUACAUAUAUUUCAUAGAUGGGGAAGUGGAAGCUUGUGAAGUGUCUGUAAAAUCCCUUUCAAUUGAUUUUUCCGAGAAAGUAAGCACACGAUCCACAACUGAAAUUAGCGAGGUAUACUGAAUUGCAUCCCUUCUUUAUACAAACAGUAGUCACAUCCACUCACGGACCAUUCAUUUAUCCAAUCAUAAAUUAUUCACAAGCCCAAAGUGAAACAAAAAAGAGCCGCCAAUCUAUGUUUUCUUUGAAAACUUUGCUAUGGCAGAAUCAGGAAAAAAUGAGAACUUGAUCCUGCACAAAAAGUCAUCUUAAUACCAGUUUUUUAUGUUAAAGACUUCUCGUAGAAAAUUUGUUUUUCAACGGACCAAAUUUGCUUGUGUAGAUGACGCGACGUAAAGAUUUGUCAAAAAUGGGUCUCUUUUCGUUUAUCUCAUUCUAUUUCAACUUGAUGUAAUUUUCUGAGUUUAUUUUCUCUUAUCACAAAUAAAGAAUGGUAGCCUUUCUCGAUUUAGAUAGAAGACUGCGUAAAGUAAUUGUAUUUUACAGAACUUUUUGAAUGUGGCAUCGGUUGCGUUAAAAAAAAAAAGUUUCUGCAACUUUAAUCCUGUUAUCCCCAAGAUCUAAUUACGCAAUUCUUGAAGAUGUUAGUUAGGAGUAUUUGAUAUUGAUUCAACUAACUUUGAGUUAGAGUAUUUUCAAGUUUUGGCGCUAUUCAAGGUAGAGUUUGCCUGACAUAUACUACCUUUUGCCUCAACCAGGUGGCCAUGAUAUCUACCGCCCCCCACAAACUGCUCGACAGCAUGUGUUUGUGAGAGAAGAAUUCCGUUAUCUGAACGUCCCCAGAAUUGAAUCAUACACAGUGGAUGAUAGCAUUGACUGUGCAUUUAAGUGCCUCAGUCAUACGUCAUGUUUUUCUGUGAACAUGGCCGCGUCUAGAGGAAUGGACGGAAAGUUUUGGUGCGAGCUGCUCUCUUCUGACAAAUACAGAAACUCCACUGAACUCCUUGGAAACAAGAGCUCCCAUCAUUUCGUCAUUAAGGUUACAGAUAUUCUUUAGAGAUUGUAAAUGUAUACUGUUAAGUACUUAAGAGGCCUAAAGCCUCGCUGAAAGGCCUGAGCCAAGGAGGAGGGGUUAAUUCGAAACCUUACUCUUUACUCUAUCACAUGACAGGACUGUAUAUCCUUUGUUUAGCAGUAGGCUCUAUUAUGAGUGAAGUUUUAUUUAAAACAGACCCAUAUGUUAUCAUUGUUCAACUAUUAAAUUUUUCGUCUUCUCCUCAGUCUCCCUGUUCUUCCUCGCUAUGCAAAAAUGAAGGGACCUGUGUACCAAGUUACAUAAAUGGCAUUUAUGAAUGCCUCUGCAAGAAAGGCUUCAUUGGAGAAUUCUGCGAGAAAGGUUAGAUGUUACUUGCAAUUGCCAGGUUGGAUUAGCAUUUAUUUGCAUAAAAUUUGGCUCUCUAUCCAGGGAUUGCCUUGCCCCAAGAGCAGUUUGCUUUUAGUAUAUUAACGACAACGUAGCCAAUUGAGUGAUCAUUGUGUCGGUCCUACAAUUGACCUCUUUCCCAAUUGAAAUUUAUCAAAGGCUUUCUCUGACGAACCCGUUUGAUGCAGCACUGUACAUCCCCUGUAGGGAAUGGAUAUUCACCAUCACUUCAGUUGAUAAUUGUUAAUUACUUCAAAGGUGUCAGGCGAAUAAGAGUUAAGGAUUUAAAGAAAACUUCUACCCUUGCUGCAUGCCGGAGACAUCAUUUGUAACACGCAAUCCUUUAAUUCAUACUUAGACUUCAAGUCCUGUAAAGAUGCGUACAAUUCAUACAAGUAGGUUUGAAACUUGUUUUAUAUAAAUGAAGAGGGAAAAACUCGAUAUUUAAUUCAGUCUUUAACUCUAGAUUGGGAUGCAGCCGGUGUUAAAGUUAAAUUCUUACUUCAGACACUAAAAGGGCAAAUUAAGAAUUUAAAAAAAGUGUUAUCUGUUGAGUUUACAUCAGAAAUCAUCUUCUCCUAUCAGUUUCCAAACUAAUUUCAUUCAACAAAAUAUUCAGGGUUUAAUCUUGUCAUUUUUAAUUCGUGAAACUUAACAUCAAUUAAAGAAUUAUUGGAUUAAUAGAUUUUGGAGAAAUAAAAAUCAAUGUAAUUGUUAAAACUGAUCUCGUUCCCCGAACAGGUCGAACGCCAGCGAGUUGGUUACCUUACACUUUGGCUCGAAUACAACUUCCGUCCUCUGUCAAAUGGGAGAUUUUGGAUGUGGAGAUGGUGGAUGGACACCAGUUAUGAAGAUUGAUGGCAACAAGGUAGGUUGUUACCUUUUGUUGUGAAAAUUUUUCUUCAAAGGGUCUGCAGACAAAUACAUCACUCACUAAUUUGAAGUAAAGAAUUCAAGUAUCUCUAACCACAGAUGUCUCACUUCAUUUAUAUCGAACAAACGCUUGUACUUUUUCUCAUGCACCUAACUUUUAAAGCCUGACUCGAGCUUCGUGCCACAGCAAAAUAUUUUGGUUUUCGCGACGAACAAUCAUAGCGGAGUAUGUAAUAUUGCGCAGAUGCGUUGCAGGUCAGGUCAAAUAUUCUUCUACUUUUCUUUCUUUUCCCCCUAAAAAUAAAAAAAGAGGCGGUUUAAACGGGAAAUUUUGACAGGCGCGUAACUUUAAUCGAUUCUGAAUCACAAUACACAAUGUUCUUGCUUACUACUUUUGAUGCUUAUCUUUGCAUGGGAUUGAUUAUUUACUCUUAUACAAUUAUUUCGCAGAACACUUUUCGGUUCAGUUCGGGAUACUGGACUAACAAAAGCGAAUACAACCCGUCUGGUGCAACGACUGGCUUCGAUUCACAAGAGACCAAAUUACAGACGUACUGGAACACACCCUUUUCCAAGGUCUGUCUCGGUAUGAAGGUUAACGGAGAGUUGAGGUUCACCGUAAUCAACAGCCAGGCUUCCUCUCUUCACUCUCUGAUUGCUGAUGGUCAGUAUCGGCCUACUUCACUGGGUCGGAACAAGUGGAUAGCGCUGACUGAUUCAAGGGCUAGACUUCAGCCCAACUGCAACCAGGAAGGAUUCAAUACCAAGGCCAAUCGCAAAGCAAGAGUCGGAAUCCUUGGGAACAACGAAAACGACUGCCGUACAUGUGAUUCUGCAAUAGGGUUUGGUGUUGACAACAAAGCGUGCGGUGAUCGUUCUUCCAUUAGAGCCAUGUGCUACAUCUUGGUUCAGUGAUGAUGUGCGUUUAAAUGAAUUUUAAAAUAGCACCAAAAUAGAUAAGAUGAAGUCAUCUAAGAACAGUCUGUAAAAACGCAGGAUCAUAAAAUUUGUUGUGUAUAUGAACGCCUUGAGAACACUGCGAUUAAGCACCUAUCACCCGAGUCUCGCAAACCAGAAUGUAUGAUGCUCGCGAAAGCUUUGUACAGCUUUUCUUAUGCCAUGUGUGUUUGUAAGUGAAUAAAUGCAAAUAAACAAAGCAAAAUCGAAAUGAAAGAAAACAAAAAGAGAGAUAUUUAUCCC